GGCUUUUUGUUUAUUAACUGUGUCCAGUGAGCUUGCUAAGUAAACUUUGUCAUGAAUUCUAACUUCUCUGCAGAUUCUUCUGGAUUCCCUAUAUUCCCAGUGGCAUUGUAUGUGGUAUUUCCGUGUGACAAGUGACAAUGAUGGAUUUCCUAAUGCCAAACCAACUUGGCGCUCCUGGAAGAAGGCCAUCGUGGGCACCGCUGGUAUGCUUUGUGGACCAAGAGAACUGAGGCUGGCGUACAGACACAGUCCCUGUGACGGAGUGGUGCUAGUCCUACACGAUGGGCAGUGGGGACACGUGUGCAACCAGGAGUGGACGUUGGCAGAGGCAUCCGUGGUCUGCAGGCAGCUGGGCUGUGGACAUGCUGUGGGAGCCCCCAAGUACGUCCCACUGCCCGGGGAGAUGGUGCGGCCCUGGCUCCACAACGUGUCCUGCAGGGGUGACGAGCCCUCCCUCUGGGAGUGCAGCCUUGGGAGUAGUCUUUAUUCUGCAGCUAAGUUGGCCUUGCAUCUGACCUACAGCCCUUCUGCAUCCUCCACGGAGUAUGUGAAGUCUCUAUGA